AUGUCGUCAUCCGUUGAAACCUCCGGAAAAAGGCUCGAUAUUCUAAACACUGGCAGUGUGACCGAGAAAAGCCUGAGUACUAUAAACACUGGCAGUGUCACCGAGAAAAACCCUUAUACUAUAAAUACUGGCAGUGUAACCGAAGAAAGCCUUAGUACUAUAAACACUGGCAGUGUCACCGAAAAAAACUUUAAUACUAUAAACACCGGCAAUGUCACCGAAGAAAGCCUCAAUACUGCAAACACUGAAAGUCAGAGCACACAGCAAGUUGGUAUCACGCCUAACAUAAUCUCAACCAAUACUUUAGAGUUUACCUCAAACACUUCUCAUCAAUCUAGUACUAUUUCAUUCCCGAAAGCCACAUCAAUAUCACCGAGUAAGAUGCUUACCACAACAUCAUUGGUUGGUCACAGCUUUCCACAGUCUCGUACGUUGAAACCAAUAACCUCCACUUCUUUCCUCUUUAAAAGUUCGCGUAAAUUGUCUAAAUCAGCCACACAAACAUCGUCAAAAUAUGUUUCAGUGACUGAAAGCAACACAACGAUUCUUCCUCGUUAUCUCACAACAGCUGCGUCUAUUUCAACAACAGAUAAAACAUUAACUUCAACUAAAAGACCAUCAUUGGGAAGCAAAACCACGCAGAUUGAGAAGUCCAAGAUUUCUACUUUGAAUUCAACAAAUAUCGGUGAAGCUUCAGUGUUACAUACGUCUUCUGCUCAGUAUCUGAUAAAUGAAUCACCAGAAGCGACAAACACCAGAAGCAAAGCCACUGUACUCUCCUUACAACAGUCAUCAUCUCCAAGCACUGAUGGGCAAAUUAUGUCCAAUAACACAUCACAUGCUGGUUAUUCAAGCAUCCUUACUUCAAUCGUAACCUCAAGCCGUAAAUUGCCCUCAACGCCAAUUCAAUCAACACAAACUUUGACUCGUUAUUUACAAUUCUCUACACAAGCGAUGACAACGAGGCUUGUUACAAUCCCAACCGCCACGCCUCUGGGUACACCACAGCUAACGACCACUGAAAAAUACUCCUCAAAACAAAGCAGUAAAAGCAUAUCAACUGUGCAACAAAAGAGGGCAUCGACUCGUCAAAACGUGCCACUUACUAAAACUUCGGUAUAUCCCUCUCCCUCCUCCAUGCUCGUGUCUGCAUUUAACAGGAGUACAUUGAUCCAAAAACCGUCAAUGAGCCACCGACCGUCAUCAUCAUUAUUUCUGCCAAAAGAUAGUACAACUCAAACCGUUGUGAUUACAAGCCAGAUAACAGCUGUUGAUAAGAUCACAUCAUCAUCGUAUUUGGCCUCGACUGGUAUCUCAAAAGUUUCACAAAAGCAAAGUGUGCCUUUGUUUGCCACGUACAGUUCUAAACAUGGGGGUUCUGCAUCGUUCAUACACGAACCCUCGAAGAGGACUAGUCCGGCGUUGACGUUAGUAACUACUUUAGAGCUUGAAUUAUCAGAAAUGAAUUCUGAGGUUUCUCGAUUUUCUGCAACGAGUCUCCACCCCAUUGAAUCCACUAAAUCGCUUGAAUCAGUAAUUUCAUUGAUAUUUCCUGGUCACUCAAGUUUGACAUUCUCUCCUAAAACGACCGUGCUUACCUUAGAAAACACCCGGACUCAAGCUUCUUCAGAAACUCAAACAGCUCUAAAAGUUACCACAAAGAGUUCACAAAUCUUUAUUAAUACAACAACAGUUGGAGCUGCAAUACCUGUAUUAGUGUCUUCAUCCAGUGCCUCGACACAAACGAAACCACCACCCGAGAUUCCAAGUCAGUUCGAAGGUCGGAUGAUUCUAGGAAUGCCAUGGCAACCACACUACGAGUAUCCACCGGGAUCCCAAACACUUAAAACUACAAUAAAAGAUAAACUGACCAACGCGCUGAAAGAUCUUGAAGGUUUUAUUUCAGUUCAAGUUCUGCGUUUGUGGGAGAGCAGCGUUGGCGUCGAUUUUAUUGUGUAUGUAAAUAAGCAAGCCACGGUGAACGAAAGUCUCAUAGAAAGAACACUCGUUAAGGCAAAUAGUACAGGUGUUUUAGACCUGCCUUUGAAAAGCCUCCAAGUGAAAGAAAAGGACGCUCCAACCACACAGAACUUACCCACAACCAGCCCUACAACACAGGAAAAGUCCAUCGAGCGAUGGGUCAUCAUAAUCAUCAUUGCCAGCAUUGUGGUAUUCUUGCUGUUGAUUAUCAUAUGCAUAUUAGUGGUAAGUACAUUGGGAGACCAGGUUUGUUUCCUUAUCCUUUGGACUUAUCGUAUCACAUUAUCGCAUUUCUUACCUUCAUGAUUGAAAAAGUUUUUGCAUCGGUAAAAUGUUUUUUUCCUUCAGUUAUUUCAGAAACCUGUAGGCACCAUUUGAUGCAAUUUGCAUGCAAAGUUUUUCUUAGACGGGCGAGUACCAAAGUGUAAUGAACAGCAGGAUAAUAUAGCCCACCAAGUAAAUACAGUGGCUUACAUCACUUCGCCCAUCAUCUCUCUUACAGAUCAUUGUCUGUAGUAACUUACACUUACAACCUUCCAAUCCUUGUGAACAAACUCAUUCAGUUCCUGUAACAUUAUGACAUAAAUAGCAUGUGAUGUUUCUGGUAGUCAAAGCAAGAAUUCGCACCUUACUUGGUAUAGAUCACCACAGUCGUUAAAAUAACCAUGUUUCUAUUAAAUUCUAGAGGUCAGGAUCUGAUAUACCUUACCUCGCCGGAAGUGAUCAACAUCUGUAUGAAUGAUGGGUUCACCAAAUAGUUUUUGUGGAAAUAUAUGGUUAAUAAUGAUAAAUAAUAAUAAUAAUAAUGAAUAAUAAUAAAAAAUAUAUUAUGUGGUUAAUUAUUAGGACUUUUCGUUAUGAAAUUUCUUUUUUCUAAUUCUCUUUUUCAAGGCUGAAAUUAGUAAACAACGAGGUGGUGUGCGUAGAAGUGGAAAAUACGAGCUUUCAAGCUUCAACAACUUCUUGCAUUCUGAACAAACAGAGUCAGAGACAAAACCUGUGGUACUGAAGAUGCAAGAACGAACAGCAAGCGAAGCUAUACAACUACAAUCAAUUAAAACUAAACAAAUCUCUGGAGAUCCAGAGGCAUUGCAGUCCUUCGCUAAUGGAAGUUAUGAUGGUGGCAGUGAAGUAACAGGAAACUUACGUGCGAAGGAAAACCAAGUAAGUAUAUGUGUACAUCAUUUGUGAUUGAAAGGCAAUCAUCAUCAUUGGGGAUAAAAAUGCCUUUCAAAGACCCUUUCCAAUUUCUUUAACGAAUUUCGUAUAGUAAGAAACUUUAACCAUCAACGCCUACCUUCAUGCGCGAAACAAGAUGCACAAUGCAACACGACAGAAUCACAUAAAGAAGCUAAAAACGUAGUACACUCGCGCCCUGAAUCAAAGGUAGAAGGUAGCAUAUGGAGUGAGUUACCAACUCUCUGUUACCAAGCAAAAUUUUCAUUUGGAUUUCAAUUCCAAUUCCUCUUUUGCCUUCAAGCCAUUUGCCUGCGCAAAGAUACGUAACCAAUUGCAAGGGCUCUCUAAUUUGGCUCGCAUUUUUCAGUAGGAAAACGAGUUUUUAACUAAGAGCGCGCAUUCUAUGCUAUCCUGUGCCGAUAGCAUACAAUGGAAUAAGUCGUCACUGAUAUAUAAACUUUACAUUGCAUGGUGAUAUAUGUAAGAGGGUAUCAAUAAGGUGAACCGUUAGCCCUUAAACGUAAAAAUUGGACAAAUUUCAAACGUUAACUAUGGAGCCAUCACCCCAAUGAGACUCUCCUAUACCUUUUUUGAUCUCAUGGAAUUGAACACCAUGACUUUUAAUCACAGGGCGUUACCUCGACCGACUAAGGUGGUGUGGAUCAAAAUUAGAGCUGGAAACCGCUACAAAGAUGGAAUUCAUGGCCGAGUUCUCCAAAAUUGCACGUAAACGAGGAAAAGUAAAUCUAACAGUCGAUUAUAAGUGGUUCCAGCGUAACUACCGUAUUUGCAGUUUAACUGCUGCUAUAGAGUGAGUUACUAAAAAGAGAAAGAUCUGUGUAUCGGUAUCUGAAAUAACAGCGAGUCCCUUUCAAAUCGAAUUUCUGUUAACUUAAACUGAAAUCAAAAUUUGUCCACAUCUUUCUCAACCACAACCGUAAAUAUAGAUCUAAUUUAUGUAGAACAAAUUGC